UUCUUUCCACUCAUUUGCCAUUGGUUACAUUUAUACACAUUGUGACCAAUCGCGGGAAAUGACAACAUACAACCCGGAAGUUUGGAUCCAGAGUAGUUUUGUUAUAUCAUCACGCUCUGAAAUCAACAUAUAUGAUUAAAUAAGAGCUUUAUACAAGUGCAAUCAAUUGUGAAUUGCUAGAGUUAACAAUUGUCUUCUUAACCCGCAACAGUUCUGUGCAUAUUUUACUUUCUCCGAAUAUUACUAGUGCACCCGGCCUUAGCGACAUCGGACAUGGAGUUAAAAGACGUGGAGAACUGUUGUUGUGUAAUCAAGGUUUUUGAGGCGUUUUCUGACAAACAGCACAUAAGCUGCAGCGGAGUUCUUGUCUCUCCACAAACCGGAGUCAUCUUAAGCACCGGGAUCCCGUUUUCUCGGUACAUUAAAGACCAAGAUUGUCUCUCUUCAGAUCCACGGUUUCUUUCUCCAGACAACUUUAGUGACAAACUUCAGAUCCGCGUCAGCUUUUCUUCUCCGCGAGACUGGAACCAGAGAUCACGGGAAAAGGUACCUCCUCACUCCACACACCGACAACCACAGGCAGUUUCAUCUAAGCUGCUGAUGCUGGUGAACUGUGUGGAGUUUAGGCAGGCCUUCCUGGAGGUCUUCCCAAAGGCAGACCUGUGGAGUUUCCAUGGUGACAAGAAGGAAGAGGAGCUAGCCAGAGAUGCCCAGUUCCUCAGCUGGUUUGCAGUUCUCAAAGUAGAUCUAAAUGACAGCUCUGCAGGGACCAUCCCCUGGCAAAAGAGCUUAUCUCUUGAGAAAGGCACCCCUGUAUUUGCUUGUGGCUCCCCUUUUGGCUCCCUGUGCUUAGACCUUUUUAUCAGCACCCUCAGCAGAGGAAUCAUCAGUAAUCUUGCUGGAGAGGACAAUGCCGUGAUCCUUACAGAUGCUCGCUGCUUGCCCGGCACGGAGGGUGGAGGAUUGUUUGUGGUGAAAGGUGCAGACGCUGCAAGCCUCAUUGGGCUGAUCGUGUCUCCAUUUGGCUGGAGAGAAACUGAGUGGAUAGGCCUCACACUCGUGUGCUCCGUUCAAUUGAUCUUUAAAAACAUCAUCCACUGCUCAGGUGCCCGAAAUGUUCUCAGCAAUGGAGGGCCCCAUCCAGGAAUGGCUGACCUGCACCUUUCUGCCACAGGACAGGAGUCCAAAGCUGUUCAGUAUCCCACUGUGUGCUUUGUUGAUAGUGGAAACGUCUGGGGCUCAGGAGUUUUUGUCACCAAGAAGCUGGUGGUGACUUGUCGCCAUGUUGUCAGUGGGAAAUCAGCUGUCACCCUGAAGUUCCACCACAUGAACAGAGUCUUUGAUGUCUCGGGAGAUGUCAUCUUUUGCACUAAAGCAUCAUCCCCAUAUGAUUUGGCUCUGAUGGAGCUCAGAGUUCCUGUUCCGGAGGCUGUGGUCCCUCGCAUGUCACAGAGUUUCAAUCCAGGUGUGCCUGUGCUUGUUGUUGCUUAUGGUGGGUUGGGUCGGAGAUGUGGGCCAUCCCAGACCUGUGGGAUCCUCUCCAAAGCCAUUUGCUUGAAUAACCAGCCUGUCAUGCUCCAAACUACAUGUGCAGUACAAGCAGGCGCCAGUGGGGGUGCUGUGGUGCAGAAACAAACAGGAGAGCUGCUAGGGAUUGUGUCCAGCAACACAAGAGACCUGGCUGCAAAAGUGACUUACCCACACCUCAAUUUUAGCAUUCCAGUGACGGUUUUCCAGGCAUUGUUGCAGAAAUUUCGUCAGACCAUGGAUAUAAAUGUGUUCAAGGAGCUGAACACCACAGAAAAGGAAGUCAGACGAGUGUGGAGGCUGCAGGGCCAACAAAGCAAACUUUAACCACAACUAUGAUGAUUUUAAAUAAUUUAUUAAUCCAUAUUAGUCAAUAUUUGUCAUUUUGCAAACCUAAUUCUUUACUACCAUAACUUUUUUAUAAACAGGCGCAGUUUGACUGAAUGUAUUCAGUAAAUUAAAAAAUAUUAGACUUUGGAAUAAUGCACUUUAAAAUAAUUUGAAUAAAUGUGUAUUAAUCAGAUUUUUGUAGCUUUAUGUGUUGUCAAACAUGUCUGAAAAAGCUGUGGGAUGUGUGAAACAUCAGUACCUACAGUUGUAGCAUCAAAUAUAUUUUGGUUCAGCCUCGCUCUGGUGCAGUAAGUUUGUUUUUACCAAACACCGGGAAUAUUCUGCAGGCUGACAUGCUACUAAAAGUGAUUGGUCCCUCUGGGUCCCUAUAAAAGGCUGCUGUCUGUAUCAGGUGUUCAGACAUCUGUUGGCAGCCAUAUCCACUCACACCAAACACAUUUGAGGUUUCACCCACAGGGGCAUCACUCUUACUGAUUUCCAUUAUCGCAGAAAUGUGAAACUGAGAAAUUGCAUUCCAGAGAAUUGGUUACUGUCAGCUUUAACGAGACUAAGACAGGCUUUCUGUGCCUGAACCCUCGCGAUUGUAGUACCGGUAAUACUGCAGGGCUCCUAUUUCACCUUCCCCAAACUGAAUAGGUUUGAGUGGAGAGGCUUGAGCAAUGUCCCAAGAAGGAUGAGCAGAACAAUUUCUAUAGGUAAGUGCUGCAAGGCAGACUGGGGUCUGGAUCUCAUUUCUGCAGGUUUUUCCAUAGGUAUAAGCUCCACUUCACUGCAAAACGAGGUAAGCCGAGAGCAGUAAGCCAACAAUAAGAUUUGUGCCUCUGCAAUCUGUUCCUCAGAGAACAGGUCACACGGAAAGCAGGUUUAUGUGUUGGAAACAAUAGCUUUUUAAAUUCACGUGCAAAAAAUUAGUGGAUUUCAGGGACUCUGCUGAAUAAAAUGAUUAAACUGUUUAUUUUACCUGAGUGAAGUCUCUCCAAGAUGUUCACUCCCUCGUGAUUGAUGUAAAACUAUAAAUUAAAGUUGAAAGUUUCA